UACUAAAGAAUUUGUACCUGAACCAGGAAGGAAGCAGUCCUUUAAAAGAGUAUCAGAAUGGGAUAGAAGAUCAAACUACAUUAAAAGUAUACCAAAAGAGAAUGAGCUACUUCCUUUAGCAAAAGAUUGCCUCAAUGAUAGUUCUACUGGUAGACCAGAAAUGAUUGAGUCAUAUCAAUUUGUAGAAAAAGUUCUAUCGAAUUAUCCAAAAAUGCAAAACACAAUCCAGUUAAUGAAAGAGAAAGAAGCAGCAGAAAAACAUAUCCGGGAAUUAGAUAAAAUACUCAAAUCUGAGAAAGUAGAGAAAGACAAGCUUGAGGAGCAACUGUCAUCACAAGUGACAGGCCUACAAAAUGCUCUUUUGCUGAAAGAAAAGGAAUUCAACAAUUCCACUCAAGUACUAAAGGAAAUGAUUAGAAGCAGAGAUGAACAACUAGUUAAGCAACAAGAAGGCAACAUGGACCUACUGAAGAAAAGAGAAGCUGAUUUAAAAGAAAAACAUUCAGUAAUGCUCUCUGAAAUAAAGCAAGAGUAUGAAUCAAAGCUUCAGACUCUAACAAAAAAUUAUGAGCAGCAACUUUCUAAGACACGAGAAGAUUGUGAGGCCAGAGUAUUAGAAGUAAUAAAGGAGUUUACAGUGGAAUCAAGUGAAGCACUUGAAAACACUGUUGUAUCAAAGCAUGAAGAAUGUGUAGAAGAAAUGAAGACGAGUAAAAUGGAAUCAACCGAAGCAUUUGAAAGUACAGCUGUAUCAAAACAUGAAGCAUGUGAGUCCAUAGCAUUAGAAGAAAUGGAGAAUGAAGACAAGUAUGCAAUGGAAUCAAGUGAAGCACUUGAAAGUGUAGAUGCAUCUAAACAUGAAGUAUCAUCAUCAUCAUUAUCAUCAUCUUUGCAGUCUCUACCAUUAGCUAACAUUCCUUCAUAUGAAGUACAAAAGCAAAUGAUCCAACCUCUUUUGACAAAACGUCUGAAGAAAGGAGACAAAUGGAGUCUUGUUGAUAUGAAAUGGUUCAAGCAGUGGAAGAAAUACACUGGAUUUGAUUCAUGGGAUCAGCAAUCAGGUGCUCAUCCAGGACCAAUUGAUAACAACAAUUUGUUUAAAGAUAUUGUAUCUGAAACACUAAAUGAUCAUCUAAUGGAAGAACUAGACUAUGCAAUGCUGUCUGAGCCUGCAUGGAAUCUUUUACUGAGUUGGUAUGGACUAUCAGUAGGAUCAAGACCUAUUAUUAGAAAUGUAGUAGAGUUUGGAUCAUAUGUUAAGCACUUGAAGGUUGAAGUUUACUUGAUUGAAUUAAAAUUAUGUGUAUACCCUAACACUAAUAAUAUUAAAACAGGUUCAUUUAGUCGAAUAGAUACAAUCAGUCGUGUAUUCACAGUGAUAAAGGAACAGUUCAAUAUUCCUGAUACUACUGAAUGUAGACUGUGGUAUCGUUACAUGGCAAACAGUUUUGAAUUAUUAACUAAUCUUCAACAAACAGUAACAGAUGCUGGUAUAUAUGGAGGACAAAUGAUAGUACUGGAAAUAAGAAAUUCAGAUGGUACUUGGCCAAGAAGCAAAAGAAAAUAAUUUGUGGCAAUACUGCAGUAUUUUCAGAAUUAUGGUACUUUUAAUAAAUUUAAAAAUUUUUUUGAUCGAGGUUACAUUUUUCAGUAGCAAUAUUGUUUGAAAAAUAUAAUAAUUAUUAUUUUUAGUUUUGAAUAAAUAUUAAUUGAUAGCUCUGUUAGUAACAUAAGAUCUA